AUGUUGUGCACCGAUUUCUUCCACUGUCCCGGAAUUUCCUUUAAAAUAAUUCUGCCGCUUUUGCCUUUUCUUCUGCACCCACCAAAGGACUAUAACUUGCAUUUGAUCAUAAUCUUAGGUGUGACUGAGAUAUGGAGCAUGAAGAAUCUAGCGUUGAGAAGCGGCUAUCCAUGGAGGAUUCUUAUGUUUCCAAAGGGGAACAAUAAAAUCAAACAUUUAUCAUUAUAUUUGGAGGCUGUGAAAACUGCUAAUAUGUCUGAAGGAUGGAGUAGAGAUGUCAAAUUUAAGUUAGUUGUAUUCAAUCAAUUGGAUGCCAACAAAACAGUCACACGUGAAAGUAACCAUGAAUUCAAUGCAACUGAGGAGAAUGUCUGGGGCUUUAAAUCAUUCAUGAAGUUAACUAAACUCCAUGACGCUGAGAAGGGGUUUAUUGUGAAGGAUACAUGUAUUGUGGGCGCUGAGGUUUUUGUUUUAAAGUCAACACGUGAGAAACCAGUAAAUCAAGCUGCAUCCUUAAUGUUAGGAUGUCAAACAAGCCAUGUGAAAGUGGAAAUCCCAAGUUCAGAGCCAGAAGCCACAAAUCUUCAAACAUGUUCAACUCUUUCAUCUCAACCUUCCGAACAAGCUGAUGUAGGAUUGGUGUAUGCUGCAAUGGGGAAAGUUAUAUAUUUCCUUAACACUAGAAAAGUGAAAGACAUUAACGAACAAGCAUGUAAGGAACUUCAAGUUUUAUGGGAUGAACUUGACAAAACAAAAUUUGAUCUUACUUGGUUAGAGCCACAAGUUGAAUCUGCUUUAGGAAUGAAAAGUUAUGUGGAGAAAGCUUUGGAGGUUGAAAAGUUGAAGGAGAAUGUUGCAGUUCAAGAGCUGAAAACGGAGAUGCUACAGGCAACUUUGGCUGCUGCUAAGGUAAGUCUUGACAUAGAAAGAGACUUGUUGAAUUCAAAAGGUAUCAAAGAAAGAGAUUUGGAUUCUGAAUUGGGUUAUGGGAGUUGGGGGCAUAGAUCUAUAUAG